AUGCAGAUCUUCGUGAAGACCCUCACGGGCAAGACUAUCACCCUUGAGGUGGAGUCCAGCGAUACUAUCGACAAUGUGAAGUCAAAGAUCCAGGACAAGGAGGGCAUCCCCCCUGACCAGCAGCGCCUCAUCUUCGCCGGCAAGCAGCUCGAGGACGGCCGCACCCUCUCCGACUACAAUAUCCAGAAGGAGAGCACCCUUCACUUGGUGUUGCGUCUCCGUGGUGGCGCCAAGAAGAGGAAGAAGAAGGUGUACACCACACCCAAGAAGAUCAAGCACAAGCGCAAGAAGACCAAGUUGGCGGUAUUGAAGUACUACAAGGUCGACAGCGACGGCAAGAUUGAGCGUCUCCGCCGCGAGUGCCCCAACGAGACCUGCGGUGCCGGUGUCUUCAUGGCCGCCAUGCAGGAUCGCCAGUACUGCGGACGGUGCCACCUCACCUACGUCUUCGAGAAGGCCGCCUAA